AUGGCUUGUGUUCUCAUACCGUUCCGUCGGCAAAAAGCAAGAGCAGAUAAUUUUUUGAUCACAGCAUCUGCUUCACUAUUGAAAAUUGAAUUAUGCAAGAAAAGGUGGUAAGGGACACGAUAUAGUAUUUUCUUUCUCUCUUUUCUAUCAAAAGUGUAGUCUUCGAAGCUGCUUGUCUCACUAGAGUCAACCUUUUUUUUCACUAUUCUCACUAGAAAAUGAUCAAAAGUUAAACUGUGACGAAGCAUACAAUUUCGAAAACAAUUUAAUUUCACUUUGAGAAAAAAAUUUGUUGGAGUUCGAUUUCACUGUUGAAUACUGCGUGAGACUAGAGCAACAGAAACGAAGGAUCAUUCCCCAAACUGAAUAUUGUUUGCCCUUUGAAGUUGCAAGACUCGGUGAAAAACAAGUACUAAGCUAAUUCGUAUUUUUCACGGCAGUGCUGCGAGAGAAGGUUUUUGAUAACGGUCAAUAGUUGACAGCGAGGGGGAGGGAGGGGUAAAUUUUACUAGUUACCAGUCUUGGUAGAAAGACGUCAUGGCGGCCGCCUUGAACAUACGACGUACUCCUUUGCCUUCUGUCGUAUUCCAAAAUGACAAAAGAUGUAUGUGCAUUUCGGCCCUUGAAUUGUAAAACCGUCAUGUAAUCGCUUCUACAAAAAGGGAAUCCGCACUUAACAGAAGUAUGGUUGAUUAUGGCAACUUUUUUACGUUAUGCUGAUAUUCGUAUUUUGUUCACCAAUUAGGUAUCCCCACAAGCUUGCAGUUUUUUGGAAAGAACGAAAAGCGAAAUACAGCACAAAGGUAGUCAGUGUAGACUUUGGAUCGCUGUUCUUUCUCCCUUAGCUCAUUAAACUUUAUUGAUUUUUUUAAUCGUCAGUUUGAGUUAAAGAAAUAUUUCUUCCGAUUACUUUUGCUCUCAGCAUGUAGCAUGGUUUGGAGCUGUUGAAAACGGUUAUCGUGGUGUUCAUUUUUGGCCUGAGCCUGAUCUAGUAGACAGCAAACUUACUCUAUUCAAGGUAAGUUUUAAACAAAGGUAACAUGAGGUACAAAUUUGGGGACAGAUUUCCAAAAGACUUUCUUUUUUCGUAAUUGUUUUAUUUAUCCAAUAUCUCUAUGCAUAAUAAAGUAUGGGGCAGUGCGGAAAUCUUGGCCAACUCUGUUGAAACCAUAUUUUUUGUAAACACGUUACACCCACUCCCUGAAGCCUUCCUUGCUUUUUUCUUAGGCUUGUUCCUUCCUCCUAUUCAGUGUGCGUUACAUUUUAAGAAAUUUUGAAAUGAAAGCAGUCCAUCUUUCGUUGAUAAGAUUUUUAAAGUUACAAGGUUUCAUCGCUUAGCCUCUUGUGUUGGAUUUACUAUGUAAUUUCAUGUUGAGUUAUUGAUGUUAAAUCUAUUAAUUUUCAUUGUAAACGUUUAAAGCACAACAGCUGAAACGAAAAAAAAAAACAUUGUGAAAUGCUAUUGAAUCUACAAAACGUUUGAAGAGAGAUGCCAAAUACCAUUCUAUGAACUUUAUUUCACAAUAAGACUCCCUGGAGGUUAAAAAACACUACACAGGCAAAUUUAAUAAGGAACUUAACCAGUCAGGACAGUGAUGCCAAGGAAGACAAUUAAUUACAAAAAUAAUUUUUUGUUUUAAGUUGCAAUUUUCUAAUUGGCUGCAUGAAUGUUAUUACUGUCUCUAACAGUGCCACAUCUCAACCUCAGUAUAAUGUGUGUGAGUGGCAUUGAGUUCCAUCUUGAAACUGAAGUAAUUUUCUGUUAGUGUUCCCGUAUACCGACCAUGCUAAAUUUGAUUCCUUGUUGUUUGGCCAAGGACAGCCUAAACAUAAACAAAGUUCUAAAUGCUAGUGCUUAGCUAUUGUUCUACUCAUUUGAUCUUUUGUUUUGCCACACCUUCAUUUCCAUUUCUGUCAUGGUUUGCUUAAGGUCCCUAAUAUUGUUGUUAUCAAGUUUUUUCUUUACUUUAAAACAAUAUUUAACUCUAAUUUAUAGAACCCAGAGGAUGAAAUGACAGAAUAUCAAGAAAAGCAGUGGAAUAUUUUCAUCUGUAAUGUAAGCUUUUCCCUUUUCAAUUUAACACGAGUGUGUAGUUGCUCUUUGCCUUUGAUAUUACACUCACUCCACACAGUUUGGAGUAAAUCUGAACACUGUUCAUCUUAUAUCUUUGAAAUCAUUAGGUGUCCCCUAGUGGUCGUCACCAGCUUCUGGCCACUGGCUGUAUUGAUAUUAGCAAUUACAUCACAGAGAAGCCUGGAAAAUUGGAUGUUACAGUCACCCUUAAGCCAGCAAUCAAGAAAGUUGUGUCUGGUGAAAUUAAAUUUGAAUUAUCAUGGGUUAUGCAGGAAGAUGACAGAGUCAUUCAGUGAGUAUUCCUCAGUAAUUUCCGUAGCUAGUUCCUGUAAUGAUGAUCUAGCUUAUGUGUGGCAUUUAAAAGUCAACUACUCUAUCAUAAUGUUAUAUUUUAGAUCAAUGAACUUGAUCAAUAAAUUUCAAAAUGAGAUAUUAUCAUUUUUGCUGCAUGAAUAAAAGGGUUGACUACAAUCUGAAUUUUAUUUUGUCAAUGGUUUUUAUUCAUUCAAUAAUUCUUUGUUUUUGCUAAAAGUAAUUGUACUGUGAAAUUCCAUGAACCCUUUAGCUGUUGAAUAUGCUUGAUAUUUGUAUUACCUUUACAGUCCCACAGAUGAAGAGAUAUGGGAAGAGAUAAUGCAGGAAGUCAGAGAGGAACAAACAAGAAGAAAAGCUGAGGGAAAGACAGCCAAGUAUAAAUCUUUGAAAAAAAGAAGGAGCAGGAAAUUCGGUUGCUCAAGUGAUACAGACAUUGCUGCUAAGGAAGACAAAAAGAAAGCUGAAAACAAUGAAGUUGGCUGCCCAAUUGGGACAAACAUUGCUGCUGAGGAAGAUAUAAAAAAAAAUGAACAGCACGGUGGCAUCUUCCCAAAUGACAAAUCCCAGGUGGAUUCCUCAUCCGGCAGCAAUACCAAAGUGAGGUCAGGAAAAGUCAGGAGGCAGUCUUCAUGUCAUCAUGCUCCUCUUAGCCCUACUCCACCCCAACCACACCCAUCUGCUAACCAGGGGAUGCCAUCAGAGAGUGAAGAGAAAAAAGCGGUGCAGAGUAAAAGGAACCUUCAUAAAACUGUCAGGUUUCAAAUUGAUGAACAGCCUGAGGUAUUACAUCCUGUUGGAGAUGAUGAAGAAGCACUGGACUCCUUUUCUGUGUUGUCCUCAGAAAGUGUCUACAGGGAAACAGUUUUCAUUGAGAAAGAUGAAGUAGCAACAAAAGAGAAGUGCAUUGCCAAGAGAGAUGAAAAUUCAUGUAAGUUCUGUUUUGUUUUUCAGCCUCCCAUGCCAAAGGGACAGGGGAUAAAUUUGUUCAUUUUUUUCUGUUUAAUCUGAUUUAUUUUCAAUCAAACAAUUAUACUGAGACUCCUUAAAACCCUUAGUUAUAUGCACUGAGUAAAAAUCAUAACUUUACUUUGCUUUAUUCUGAAUUAUAACUAUUUUUAUUGACAAGUGAUGGUAACUUUUUUGUUCAGCCUCAAGUGUUUGCCAGCUUCACUCAAAGUUGGCCAGUUAUGUUGAAGAGGAACUGAAGCUUGUUCAAGAUGAAUUAUUGUCUUCAGAAGAAGUCUGUUCAAAAGUAAAACUUGAAAUGCAGAAAGCUAUGUCAUCAGGUUGGUGAUCCAUUUAGAACUGAGGCAAUCAUUGUUAAUAUGAUGAAGCGAAAUGCCUUGGAAUUUCAAAUAUCAAAUAAUACAAUUAAUAUGUUGCAUUCCCAUGUUGAGUCAUUUUAGAGCAUGCAUUCCUUCAUGAAAAAAAAAGUUAGAGUUCUUUCCUCCACUUAUGAGCUAUAAUCCUUUUACUCCAGGAUUUUAUUAGUGAUUCCCCUUACUGUCUGCAGAACAAUUCUUAUGAUGUUAGAUCAGAGAAUUUGGUAUUGGAUGGACUAAUAAUCUCCUGCUUAUACUGUUUUAGUAUUGUAAGGAGAAAUUCUGUCUUGGUCACUCACAGACCAAAAAUAAAGGUAAUCCCUUAACUAGAGCUACUGCAAGUUUUGGACUUAUUUCAGGUGUAAUAAGCCAUGCUUAACUUACACAGCUUACACAAUGUAUUUGUUUACUUUUUGUCUGUAGGCCACAAAGAAGAGUUUGAAAGCUUAAACCAAGGCUGGCUUAUAUUGGAUAGCUUCCAUUCCAAAGUGAUGAAAAGAAAAGACGACCUUUUUGCCCUGUAAGUAAUAAAGACUUAUUUUUGAAAUGAAAUAAAUUUUACCAUUAUGACUUAAAAUGUGGUCUUACAUUGUAAUCCAUGAUCCAAAAACUCUGCAUAAGUGCCUAUAUAUGUUUACCUACUGUCUUUGGCAACUAGAAUACUUCAUCAUAACCUUACCUAGAGAUAAUUAGAGUAAUAACUAGAGUAAAUUAAAAAGAUUUACAAAGAUAAAUCUGCAGCAAACUUCCUUGUUAAGUUUGUUGCAAAAGGCAGCACAUGCAUCUUGAUUGAUGACUAGAUGCCACCUUGGAUUUAGGUGAGCUUGAGGUUUGUAUAUCAUCCAUCCUAGUGUCCACUUUGUAGCACGUUAAAUUAAAGAUCUUUUUCCAAGCCUAAUUUUGGAGGGUUUAUCUAGAAUGCUGACAAUGUAAAAAAAGUUUUGUUUGUCUUUAAAAAUGGCGACCAACUUUUUUUGAAUUGGCUAUCACUUUCAAAAAUUUAGGGGGCCAAGUGGCUAUCAGAAACACCCUCUGUAUUGCCCAAUUAGUUCCUCUGGAUAUAUUUAUUAUUGUUGGUAAUAAAAAAUGUGAGCAAUGGAAGGAAAAAUUUUUGAUUUACUGAUCAAGCAGUUCCACUAUUUGUCCUAAUUUUUUCUUUUGGUUUUUUCACAGACUGUAGUGGUUCUGCUUAACCAAAGGUUGUAUUUAGCUUCAAGUAGAUUUGCAUUAAUUUCUGUUUUCCUCUUGCCAAUGUAGUCACAAAGGAGAAAACAUUGAAGAUUGUCUUAACUUGCUGUGUUCAGAUUUGAGAUGCCUUUCAGAAGUGGAAGGUAAGUAUUCAGUUGUUUCUUCUCCUUUUUCUCAGUUAAGUGUUAUUGGGACUGGUUUAGUGAGCCUUGAUUCUUAACCCUUUACACCCUAACAUCAUUCUGUGUAUAUAUAUACUCCAAACUGUUCUCUUUACAUUUCCUAAGGUGCUGACAAGGUGAAAAUGUUUAACAACCUUGAGUUUCUUUAGAUAGUGAUCAAUUCCUUUAUCCUUGUCACAUUUUUAAGGAGAAAUUAGAUGCUAAUCUCUUUGGGGUCAAAGGCAUCAGCUAAUAUGUAGAGGAAGGAAACAAGAUUUGUAUUUUUAAUCAUAGGGUGGAGGAAAACAGAUCAGAACAGAGCUCAAGAAAAAAGAGUUGCUGGACUCAUUGAUGCAAUUUGCCAGCAGAGCCUUGAUGCCUAA